AUGUUUUCGCUUCGUUACUGGUGCUUUACAUUGUAUCCAAGUAACUUCCUGUAUGCACCAUGUAUAUGGUUGUUCAUACCAGUUUUACUUUUUGGUAGUGCUAUUUUAAUUGGUUUACUCGGUGGACGUCAAAUGCCAUUUUAUUUAGAACAAUCAACAGUUGCUACAAGUUUCUCUGAAGAUAGAGCAAGAAUUUAUUUAAAAGCUUUAACUACUAAUAAUGAUAAACCAAUUGUUAGAGUUCCAGGUUCACUUGCUGCCUUGACAGCUCGUGAUUAUAUUUAUAAUUUAACUAAUACUUGGGCAAGUAAAACAACUGGAAGUUAUGGUUUAGAAGUUCAAAAACAAGAUUAUCACCAAUUUAGUAAUGUCCUUGUUCGUGUCACUCCUAAAACAACAACACAAAAUGUUGAUGAUAUGCAUUCAUUCCUUGUUGCCUCACAUUAUGAUUCAGUGGAAUUUAGUGCUGGUGCAUCAAGUGCUGCCUCUGGAGUUGCAACCAUGUUAGAAUUGAUUUACAAUUUGAUUAGUCAGGACACAACUACUGGACCUACUUAUCCAGUUGUUUUCUUCUUUGGUGGUGGAAGUACUCAAUCAACUCCAGAAGCAACUGUUGCCUUUAUGAAAAAUCAUCAAUGGUCAAAGAAGUGUCUUCGUUUUGUUAAUUUAGAUUCUGUAGGAAGUGGUGGAAAGGCAAUGGUUUCUAGAAUGACAGAUCAAUCAAUUAUUGGUGAAUAUGGUAAUGUUCAUCCAUAUAUUUCAGUAAUUGGUUAUGAAUUAAGUAGAUUAACUACCUAUACUAAUGAUUAUGAUGUCUUUUCUAGUAGAGAUUAUCGUAAUACUACUUUACCAAAGUUUUAUUUGAAGGGUAUGGAUUAUGCAUACUAUUGGGAUGGUUAUUAUUAUGGAACCAAGUUUGAUACAUAUGACGUUGUUGGUGAAAAGACUUUACAACAUUUGGGUGACAAUGUUUUGGCUCAAAUUCUUUCAGUUACCAGAAAUGAAAAGAUUAUGGAAGAAUCCAAUACUGAAUAUGAAGCUAAUUAUGAUGCUGAUAUUGUUUAUUUUGAUAUUUUGGGUGGUUUUACAAUUAAUUUGAGUUUUGGAUGGAGUCAAGCUAUUCAAGGUAUCAUUGUAGUUGUUGAUUUGGUUUUACCUAUUGUUUUGGUUAUCAUUGAUCACAUGAUUUCACUUCGUUAUCAUGAUACUUCAUCUGUUUAUCAAUUAUUUAAGAAGAGUACUACUGGUUUGCAAGCUCGUUUAUUAUAUUUGGUUCUCUAUUUGGGUGGUUAUGUAUUGUCUCUUGGUUUUGGUAUUUUAUUUGCGGCAGUUCUGGGUGCCAUAGUGGAUGGUAUUCAACACAUGCCAUGGUAUAGAGAUCCAGUGUUGGCUAUCUUUUUAUUUGCUUUACCAACCUUGUUGGGUAUGUUUUUAGCUCAAUACGGUGUUCACGUCAUUGGUAAUGCUGUCAUUUCAGGUUGUGGUUGUUUCAAAAUGUACAGAGUUUCAAUGAAGGAUAAGAGUGAAUUGAAGGCUGGUGAAAAUACUGCUGCUCAAACUUUGGUUUAUGCUAUUGAUAAGGAAAGAUAUCUUGCUCUUACAUUCUUCUGGGGUUUAUUGACAGCUGCUUCAUUGUGUACUCAAUUGAAGUCAUUCUACAUUGUCUAUUUCUGGUCUUUCUGUUUGAGUGGUAUGCUCAUCAUUUUAUUGGUUUUGGAUCGUGUUAUUAUGUGGACCUAUUUGAUUGUAAGAAAUAAGACUCGUGCUAAGGCAUUAGAAGCUAUGGGUGCUACCAUGACUGAAGAAUUGACUGAAGCUGGUGAUGAUGUUAAUAAGAGAAAGAAGUUCUUGGAACUUAGAAGAAAGAAGAAGGAAGACGAAUUGUCAAAGGAUGACAGCUCUUAUCUUAACAAGUUGGCUAAGAAGAGAAAUUUGAGACAUGAAAUUGCUUCACAACUUUCAUCAUUCACAUGGAAAGAUUUCUUCCAUGCCCUUCACUACCAUCAAUUGUAUUGGUUCAUUUUCAUGGCUAUUGCCAGUUGGCCACCAUUGACUGUCACAAUUGAUAUUCUUGAUAGAUUCUCACACAUGCUUAUUCCAUUAAUGUCACGUGCUAAUUAUCCAGUUAGUGGUGCCAUGAUUGGUUCUGCAAUUGGUUUGAUUAUUUUCUUAAUGACUAUCUCAUACAUGCCAUCAAUGCAUCGUGCUGCUAACUUUGGUAAGGUUUUGAUUGUUAAUGGUCUUGCUUUGGCUCUUGUUAUCAUUAUUGCCAUUGCUUCAAGUGGUUUCACUUCAACUACUCCAAGAAAGAUCAAAUACGCUCAAAACACAAAGAUUGGAGGUGCUGCCAUUACAGCUCAAAGCACCGAUGUUACUACUGCUUUGUCAAUUGAUGGUGUUGCUGGUAAAUCUGUCACCUUUGAUCUUGCCAACUCACUUUCAUCAAUCACAAUGCAAUCAUUCGAUGGUAUCAGUGUUCGUUCAGUCUUGUCCACUUACAAGAGUUAUUAUGGUAUGGAUUCAUCAAUUGCUUUCCACAGAGAAUCAUGCUCAACUUACAAAUGUGAAUUUGUUAUGUGGAGCGGUACUACUUCAAGCAAGUACACUUCAUACCAUCUCCACUUGAAGCAAUUGGAUAUUUUCAAUGUUGUAAAUACCUUUGAUGAUAAUUACAAUUACACUACUUUAACUUUGAAGGUUUCUUUGAAUGAAAAAUUGGAACAAGGUCUCUUCAAGCUUUCUCUCUCUGGUGAUAAUUCUACCAUUACUGCUUGUGACCUCAAUUCUGCUGAUACUAACAAGAUUAAGAGUCUCUAUUAUCACACCACUGAUUCUGGAGUUCACUCUCUCUACAAGUAUGGUAUGACUUAUCAAGAAACUUUAAUUGAUGUUCAAAUUAGAACCUCCAAGUAUGCUACCUCCCUUCCAACUCUUGCACUUAGCAAUGAAGUUUAUGAAUGUGAGAUUUCUGGUUCUGAAGUUGUUUCUGCCAUGAGUGCCUUAUAUGAUGCAGGCAAGUACUAUCUCACUCCACUUGGUUCUGGAAGUUGUGAUAUGCUAACUGAAUCUUCAACAGUCAAUAUUAAGAUUACCAACAACUAAUUUAUAUAAAUCCUAAAUAAAAUAAAUUUCUAAAAUAAA